CGGUCGGCGGCGUUUCUGCCCGCCUUCCAACACAGCUUCGAAUUGGUUGGCAUUGACAGUAUUCAACGACACCCCAGUCAACGCUAGUAUGGUAACUAACAGGCGAAUUGCCUCACUCGGUGUUGGGAUAAGUUGAAGAAUCCCAAUGUCCUCCCCAGAAAAAGCAUUCCAGGAACUCGCCCGGAUCUUUCACACCAGAAACAACCGCGUUCUUGAGAUCGAGAUCCUCCUGCCUCCUCUUGGUCCCCUCCUCCACGAUGACUGUUCCGUAGGCAUUACCAAGAAAUACCUGGUCCAGGCUUUUGUGGCUGCCAGACGUAUAUUCUUCGAGAAAACGAGAUCCAAAUCCGAAUGUGGGACUUCUCGCGCGACUGCUCAGGAUGAGAAUGAGAGUGCGGCUCGGGAAUGUUGGGGCAAGAGCCUCGAGGAGCUUUUAGUCUCAACCGAGAUAAUUCUGCUGUUCGACUGCGAGCAUCUCACAGCAUGCAAUUGGAGACGAAGGCGACUGGUAGCCCUCAAGCGACACCAUGGUCUCCUCCCUGACAAUACGGAACCGUUUAUUCAAGCGCUAGUGGCAGAACUCUCCUUGAUGACGACCUAUCUCUGCUCGCCCUUACACCGACAUACUAAAUCUCCGACUCUAUGGCAACAUCGACUAUGGGUACUGAAUCAGCUACUCCAAAUCCGCGGCACGCAAUCGCUUUCGACACACAGAGUCAACCAAAGAACCCAUUCAGAACAAGGACAUCUAGAGCAGGAAAGUGCGGUCAACCUCUUGAGAACAGAGCUGGCUAUCGUCCUUCGGGCCGGGGAACUACAUCCCCGGAACUACUAUGCUUUUAGCUAUAUAAGACAAGUGCACAAUGCCUUAACCGAUGCUAUGGAGGAAAUCUCGGAAGGUACUUCUGUGUUGACCGAGUCGAUCCUUGACUUGAUGUUGCAUUGGAGUUUGGCCCAUCCGUCAGAUAUAUCCGGAUGGAUGUUUAUGUUCUAUCUUCUGGAGUCCGUUCCGCAAGGAGAUUUUCGUCUUAACACUGUUACCAAGGUGGUCCGCUACGCUCUAGAUGUCGGCUGGGAAGGCGAGAGUCUCUGGAUAUUCCUAGAUUUGUCUAUCAAGACGUUUGGUUUUGAAGAAAUUGUCAGCGAUACUAUGCAGAGGACCCCCAGGAUCACAUUCACAACCACUGUCGAGCUUGCUGAUGGGACGGCAAGGGCUAUAGCUAUGCCGGAACGAUGUUGGAAAACUUGGUUAGCCAUGGCAAGGGCUUACUGGACUGAUCAUAACAAAGUUAUGUGAAACAAACCCACAGGAGUUCGUUGAGAUACCGUCGAAUAUCGAAACCUCUGUCUAUUAAGCAACCAGUAUGACAGGGUGUCUUCGUAAUACUUUGCUCCGCGUACGAACAGAAACUCACGUUCGAACAACGCCUCGCUAGAUAUGAUGUUAUACCAAAAUGCGCCAAGA